AUGAUCCUUCCUCUUAUAUACGCUGCAUUUUUAACCGUAACAUGCUUUUCGGAAGAAAAUGACCCAGUUAACGUCACGUGUCCUGAGUAUUACACUGACUUCACUAAAGAAGAAGUGACUAGAUGUCAUAACCUCACAGUAGGUUCAUACUCGUACGACGAAGCGGACAGACUUUGUAGAGUGAAAGGAGCUGAACUAUCAACGGCGUCAAAUCUUGAAGAGCUGCAAAUGCUGAGAGAACAAGCACAACAGCUAUUGAUCGAUGGGAAAGUGUUGUUGAAUAGAGGAACGAACUCAAACGACACUUGCGUCAUUUUUGAAGUCAACAGUACAGAUUCUUUUAUGGAGGUACAAUGUGACAGCGAGGAAGCGCAAGGAGUUACUGCCUUCUCAUGCAUGUUACCUGACCGCCCAACCCCCUGUACAGCGGAAGACGGUGGCCGAUCGUGCAAACUGACUAUGUGCCCCAAAGGACAUGUUGGGUACUAUCGAAAGAAAGGAAACCUUGUCUGUCACAAGAUAAUCAACAAGCCUGCAGUAUGGCCAGAAGCUAAGAAAAUGUGCGAGGAGCUGGGCGACAGCUACAAGUUGGCAUCAUUUGAGGAUGGGCAAGAGGCAGGGAGUGUGAUGGGUAAAUACAAGUUUUGGAAUUUGGAAUUAAUGGUUGGGCGACGACCUGUGGUGAAAGCUAAGCUCGCCGUGGCAUGGCUGCUUAGUUUGGGGAAAAGUCUCUUUGCCACUCCAGCAUAUUCACUGCCUCAGUACCCUGCACACUGGGCCCUGCCGUCUCAGACGUCGGACGGUAUGGCGACCGGUGAGAGGCGAUCAAAUCUCAGGUUGCUCAGGACGUCAUUGAUUCUGGACCAAGGCGACACACGCACGACUCGCCAUGGAGACUGUCUCAGACUGUGUACUUACAACGCGAGAACAGUUUCCACAGACGCCGACCUGCAUGCCCUUCUCGGAGCUGCAGAGCGUAUCAAAUUUCACGUGAUUGCUCUGCAGGAGACCAAGUGCAGAAGGAGCGACGUACGACAGAUGAAUGACGGUACACUCGUCAUUCGUGGAGAGAAGGUUCCGUCGCGAAAUGUAGGCGGUGUUGGUUUCGUUGUGCACCCAUCUGUCGUCCAUCUCGUCGAUUCUCACGAGAUCCUGUCACCUCGUCUGGCCAUUCUUCGCCUCCGCCCUCUGCGCCAAAAAUCCAUCAGUAUCAUCAACUGCUAUUCACCAACAUCAGCAGCUGAUGAUUCCGAAUUGGACGCGUUUUACGAGGAGCUGGAGGAAGUAGUCCACAACGAGAAGUCCUUUUACAAAUUCGUUGUCGGAGACUUCAACGCAAAACUAGGAAAGGCCACAGAAGAGGAAUACAGGAUUGGAAGAUUUGGACUAGGGGACCGGAAUGAAAAUGGCAAUCGUCUCGCCGGGCUGUUGUCCGCCGCUCGCCUCUUUCAUGGGAACUCUCUUUUCAUGAAAAAAGAUCAUCGUCGGUGGACAUGGGAAUCGCCCAAUGGCGCGACUCGUGCGGAGAUCGACCACAUACUCACCAACCGGAGGUGGUGUCUACUUGACGUCUCAGUAGUACCAUCCUUUUGUAGUGGUUCUGAUCACCGUCUCCUUCGUGCGAAAAUACGACUUAGCCACACGAUGGAAAAGAACAUCUGCUAUCGGCAACGAAGGAGAAAAGAAGUCGUCUACGACGAUUGCGUACUCGAGGACUCCCUGUCCCAAGGUGACUGGCACAUCGAGGAGGACCCAAACGUGGACUACGAGAUGCUGCUCAGAGGAUUACGAGCCUGUGCUGAACGUGCCUCGAAGUCGCGCACGACAAACUUGGAUCGAAUUUCGAAGACCACCAAGGAAUUGUUAGGAAGAAGAAGGGCUUUGAGGCUUGAUCCGAAUGCAUCGCACAUUGAGCGGUUAGUAGCAAACACUAGCUGCAGAAAAGCGUUGCAGGAGGAUCUUUCGAAGUACAGGCAGAAGAAGAUUCUAGAAGCAGCACAAAGAAGAACGAGUCUAAAGAAGUGCCGCAGGGACCUCCGCGAAUAUAAUAUUCCGCUAGCAACCUUGCUGAGCGAAGACGGGACUCGCACGUCUUCUCGUCGUGAGAUGGAAAUCAUUACGGAGAGGUUCUACUCGAACCUUUUCCGUUCAUCAACUCCUGUGUCAAGCCCAAUCAUCCCCACUGGCGAUGCUCCACCACGGAUUCUCCCUUCGGAAGUACGAGUCGCUAUCAAGAGCAUGAAACCUGGCACAGCCCCCGGACCUGAUUUUAUAUCAGCAGACUUUCUUCGGGCUGGUGGCCAUCCGCUUCAUGUAAUCUUAGCAGCGCACAUGACAUCCUAUCUUCAGAAAGAAAGGAUCCCAGACCAGUGGAAGACCUCGCGAACCGUUCUUAUCCAUAAGAAAGGUGACCGAGAGGACCUUCGGAACUACCGUCCGAUAUGCUUGCUGAGCGUGUUAUACAAAGUAUUCACCAAGAUCAUCCUCACACGCAUAUCUAGGACGCUGGAUGAAGCCCAGCCUCAAGAACAAGCUGGAUUCCGCCAAGGGUUCAGCUGCUUGGACCACAUCCAGACCGUGUCGAGGGUCAUAGAGGUUUGCCGGGAAUACCGCCUGCCCCUUGUUCUAACCUUCGUCGACUAUGAGAAAGCCUUUGACAGCGUAGAAACGAAUGCAAUACUGUCAGCGCUGGUCGAUCAAGGUGUGGACGCGUCGUAUGUGAGGACAUUAGCCAAUUGCUAUGAACGAUGCACGACUAGGAUACAGCUUUUCCACCGCCCUCUCACCAUACCCAUUGGAAAGGGGGUACGACAAGGCGAUACUAUAUCGCCGAAGCUGUUCACGGCUGCAUUGCAAUGGAUAAUGAAAUCACUAUCCUGGGAAGAAAGGGGCAUACGUGUUGAUGGAAGAUUUCUUUCGAACCUUCGUUUCGCGGACGACAUCGUUCUCUUUUCGAGCAGCACCAAUGAAGCAGAAACGAUGCUCAACGAAUUGAACGAAGCAGGGAAGAGAAUAGGACUACGAAUAAACAGAAAGAAGACACAGUUCAUGAAGAACGCGCACUGCGAGGACGGAGGAGUACAACUUGAAGGCUCCCAAAUCGUGGAAACUCCGUCAUACGUAUACCUCGGACGUUCUAUGAACAUGGAAAACGACUUGAAGGAAGAACUGAAUAGAAGAAUGAGAGCAGCAUGGGCAGCAUUCGCAGCCGUCAGGGAAGCUACGGACCAACUGACGGACCAUGAUCUUCGUGCCCAUCUGUUCGACUCGACAGUCCUUCCAGCGCUCUGUUACGCAGCGGAGACGUGGGCAGACACCGCGGCCACGUCUAGGAAGCUACUUAUUACCCACAGAGCCCUUGAGAGAUGUCUCCUGAAGUUUAACCGGCGCACACAACACCUUGCCGGUCUUCGUAGCUCCGACUUAAGAGGAAUGUCCCGUCUUCGCGACCCAGCGGAAUAUGUAUCGAAAGCAAAACAUAGAUGGGCCGGUCACAUCAUGAGAAGAAUCGACGAUAGAUGGACUAAAAGAACGCUAGAGUGGAUCCCAAGGGACGCUAAACGCCCCCGAGGGAGACCGCCAACGAGAUGGAGUGACGUGUUCGCUGCACGGAUGGACCAGCUGAGAGCUCAGCUGGAUACGGCUCAAGGACCUCGUCAACAAGAAGCAAGAAGAAUGUUUCAAUGUCAUCGUGAAAACUGCUAUGGAACUCUAUGGAUUGGCGGGAAGCGGCAAGCUACUUCCCUUUUCGAGUGGGAAUUCGAUGGAAGCUUGGGCGAAAUAGGCCCGUACAACAAUUUCGACGAUGGAGAACCAGAUGGAGAUCGACACAACAAGACCGAGGAUUGCCUAGCUAUUUUCAUAGACGCAGCAACAUAUCUGGAUCAGCAUUGCACUGAUGACCUGAGCAAAUUAAGGGAAAGCUACUACGAAAUAAGAGGAUUUGUUUGCACUAGUCGAAGAGAUUCACAUCCUUCAGAAGAAUAA